AUGAGGGUUGCAGCAUCAAAAAAUGUGACACCUAUUCAUCAAUUUUUUGAUAGAUUAACUUUUAUAGUUAAUAUUGUUGGUUCUUCAUGUAAGCGUAAUGAUGAAUUGAAGAAUGCUCAUGCGGAUGACAUUGCACAUUUGAUUGCAAUUAAUGAACUCGAGACAGGGCAUGAAAUUAAUCAAAUAGGUACUUUACAACGAGCUGCUGAUACACGUUGGAGUUCUCAUUUGAGAUCAUUGAAAGGCCUAAUUAAGAUGUUUCGUGCAUCGUGUACGGUAUUGCUCAAGGUUAUAGAUGAUGGGCUUCCUUCUCAACGAGCAGAUGCAACAUCUGUUUAUGAUGAAAUGACUUCUUUUAAUUUUGUAUUCAUCUUGCAUCUUAUGAAUGAGAUUAUGGGGAUCAUGGAUAUUCUUUGUCAGGCUUUACAAAGUAAGUCUCAGGAUAUUAUAAAUGUAAUGGAGUUGGUAUUAUCUACCAAGAAUUUACUUCAACAUAUGAGGGAUAACAAAUGGAAUGAUUUGCUUGCAAAAGUGAAAUCUUUUUGUGAACUUCAAAAUAUUGAUAUUCCUGAUUUUAAUGCUCCGUAUAUUGAUAGGCGAGGACGAGCUCACGUUCGUCAAGACAAUUUCACCAUUGAGCAUCAUUAUCAGGUAGAUCUCUUUUAUGCUUCUAUAGAUUCACAGUUGCAAGAAAUUAAUGGACGCUUUAGUGAUGAUGCUAUGGAAUUGCUCAUUCUUAGUAAUGCCUUAAAUCCUCAAAAUGCGAUGGAGUCUUUCAAAAUUGAGGAUAUUUCUUCUUUCCACAAUGGGACGUCGGGACUAAAAAGAGCUUCGUUUAAUGUUCUUGGGUACAUUUUCGACAUAAAAGUCAUGAAGUCCGACCCGAAUGAUUUCUCAACUCUAGCCCAUUUGCUCCAACGUGGCUCUUCGCUUGAUUAUCAAUAG